GCGAAAAAGAAUGCUGGCCGGGUGCAAUUCUGUGCAAAUAAACCAUCCAGUACUCCAGUUCACUCGCAUUCGAAAAGAACUCAAGAAGCGCAGACCAAAAGCGGCAGCGCAGAAAGCCAGAAACCGUUCAGUGUGCAACGCCAAGCGCAGGCGCGCUGCAGACCACUCCGUCCACUCUCAUCGCCUGUUCGCCGGACGCCGGCUCUCCUCCGCUCCGCUUCCAGUUCUCUCGAGGCUGACGGCUGACGGGAGUGACGGCUGACCUGCUUCUCCGACUCCAGUUCUCUUGACUCUCGAGUAUGAGGGCUGAAAUGCAUUCAGUUAAACGAGAGAAAGUACUUCAAUAUGAGGAAUUUGUGGAUAAGCGUUUAAAACCAGAUCUUGUUCGUGCUAUUGCUGAACGGGAUAAGGUCUUUGAUCAGCAAAAAACAUUCUCGGAUUUGAGAAGAAACAUUGAGAAUCUUGAGAAGAAUAGUGUGACUAGCCUUAGGACACUGGUAAAUCUGGGGUCUGAAGUUUACAUGCAAGCUGAUGUGCCAGACACUACGCACAUAUUUGUGGAUGUCGGGCUCGGCUUUCAUGUCGAAUUCACUUGGUCUGAAGCUCUAGAUUUUAUUUCAGUGAGGGAGAAGAAACUUGCUGGGCAGAUAGAGGAAUAUACUCGCCUAAUUGCUGGAAUUAAGGCACAGAUAAAAAUGGUUUGUGAAGGGAUAAGAGAGCUACUCCAGCUUCCCGCAGAUACCUCAAGGAAGGAAAGAGAUUUUUAGAUUUCCAUUGAUGACAUGAAUGCAGACUUGUUGCUAUCACUAAUUCACUGCCCAAGCAAGAAAAUGUUUUCUGCACUUCUGGUGUCUGCUUAGCAAACAAACUGCACUAAUUGAUUCCAAAUGGUGGCACCAUUCUUGUCAAACUAGAGUUUUCAAUAUUGUUCAGGACUGACGUUUGACAAAAUUUUGGAAUCUGUGCCUCUAUCUAAAAUGUUUAAAAACAUUUACCUAACAUGUACCAGUGUUAAUUAUGCAAACUUAAAUCUAUAGUUGCACCUUAUAAAUGCAAUCUUCAUACUUUUCUACUUCCCCAGAGACAUGGC